AUGGAAGAAUUACUAAUAAAAAAACCAAAAACCAAAUCUAUCUAUCUUUGCCUGUUUAUAUCUAUCUAUCUAUCUAUUUAUCUCAUCCUCUUCAUAUCUAUCUAUCUAUCUAUCUAUCUAUCUAUCUCAGAUCAACUUACCUAUUAUCCAAGCAAAGUGCCCGAAGCGCUAUCUAACAACAAAAAAGAGAUUGACAUUUUAAUCUAUCUAUCUAUCUAUCUAUCUAUCUAUCUAUCUAUCUAUCUCCGUCUGUUCACUAUCUAUCUAUCUCCGUCUGUUCCCUAUCUAUCUAUCUAUAUCUCUAUCUGUUCCUAUCUAUCUAUCUAUCUAUUCACUAUCUAUCUAUCUAUCUAUCUAUCUAUCUAUCUAUCUAUCUAUCUAUCUAUCAAAAUCGAUCGCCGUCAGUGGUCUUUCUUGGGCAAGAUAGCCGUCAGUGGUCUUUCUUGGGCAAGACAGUCGUCAGUGGCCUUUCUUGGGCAAGAUAGCCGUCAGUGGUCUUUCUUGGGCAAGAUCGCCGUCAGUGGUCUUUCUUGGGCAAGACAGCCGUCAGUGGCCUUUCUUGGGCAAGAUAGCCGUCAGUGGUCUUUGUUGGGCAAGACAGCCCCUAUUUAUAUCUAUCUAUCUAUUCAUCUAUCUAUCUAUCUAUCUAUCUAUCUAUCUCAUCCUAUUCAUAUCUAUCUCAGCCUAUUCAUCUAUCUAUCUCAUAUAUUCAUAUAUAUCUAUCUAUCUAUCUAUCUAUCUAUCUAUCUAUAUAUAUAUAUAUAUAUCAGCCUAUAUCUAUCAUCUAUCUAUAUAUAUAUAUAUAUCAGCCUAUAUCUAUCUAUCUAUCUAUCUAUCUAUCUAUCUAUCUAUCUAUCUAUCUAUCUAUCUAUCUAUCUAUCUCAGCCUAUUCAUAUCUAUCUCAGAAUAUUCAUGUUUAUCUACCUCAGCCGAUUCUAUCUAUCUAUCUAUCUAUCUAUCUAUCUAUCUAUCUAUCUAUCUCAGCUGAUUCAUAUCUAUCUCAGCCGAUUCAUAUCUAUCUAUCUAUCUAUCUAUCUAUCUAUCUAUCUAUAUAUAUAUAUAUAUAUAUAUAUAUAUAUAUAUAUAUAUCAGCCUAUUUAUAUCUAUCUAUCUAUCUAUCUAUCUAUCUAUCUAUCUAUCUAUCUAUCUAUCAAAGCUGGCGUCAUAAAGAAUCAACGUAGAACAGGAAAACCUCUUCCUUAA